CUACAAGGACAUUAGCGGACUCACGGAACGCAGCACAGUCGAACACGAGUGGAUUACAACGGCAUGGUUCUUUAGAGGGGCAGUCAGUCGGUCGUGUAACUAGAGGAAGAAAUCCCAAAGAUUUAGACAUUGCCCACAUUUAUUGAAACGUUACGCCAGGUAGCGGUAACUCAAUAGUGAAUCGUGUAAUAAAGAGGUCUGCGGGAAUGGCUUCAUCUCCUUGCGGCAGUGGAAACUUUGAUUCCGGACUGGAAAUCAAAACUCGGUCUGUGGAACAAACACUUGUCCCAUUGGUCUCGCAGAUCACCACACUGAUCAACCACAAAGACAAGCCAAAGAAGUCGGAGCGGACCCAGCAGGCCAUCCAGAGGGUGGGCCAGGCCGUCAGCGUUGCUGUGGGACGCUUUGUUGGUGUAGGAGAGGCCAUCGCCGUGGAGAAUGAGGAGCUGAAGGAAGAGAUGGGCAUGGCUUGUUUCGAGGCACGCAGAGCAGGGGAUGCCAUAGCCAAGCUGACAGAUGUUGGGAUGCCGGUGGCCCCCCUUGUGGACGGACGCAAGACAGUGUUCAGUAACAGGACAGGCAUGGUGAAGGCCGCCCGCAUGCUCCUCUCCUCCGUCACCAAAGUCCUGGUCCUCGCAGACCGCAUCGUCAUCAAACAGAUCAUCACCUCACGCAACAAAGUGCUACUAACCUUGGAGCAGCUGGAGAGAGUGAGCACCUUCCAGGAGUUUGUCCAGAUCUUCAGCCAGUUUGGGAACCAGAUGGUGGAGUUCGCCCACCUGACCGGGGACAGACAGAAUGACCUGAAGGAUGAGAAUAAGAAGGCCAGGAUGGCUGCAGCCAGAGCAGUGCUGGAGAAAUGCACCAUGAUGCUGCUCACUGCGUCCAAGACGUGUCUCAGACACCCGGACUGCGAGUCGGCGCGUAUCAACAAAGACGCCGUGUUCCACCGCAUGCGAUUCGCCCUGGAGCAGGUCAUGGAGAUCGUGACGGACGCCCGGCCCUGCGGGGAGACCAAGGUCCUACCCCUCAGCAUUUACACCGGCAUCAAGGACUUCAAGUCCAACGUGGAAGGUCUGCGCGAGGGUCUGUACUCACUGCCCCAGCAGGCUCUGUCUGACCAGCUGGAGGCGGUGGUGGAGAGGACGGAGGACUUCACUGACUCGGCCUACACCAGCCACGAGCACCGAGAGGGCAUCCUGCAGCUCUGCCAGCUCGCCCGCCAAGACACUGACCGGCUCAUCGCAGCCUGGAGGGAGGCGCUGUCUCUCAAUGCCAAAGAGGUCACAGAGGAGAUGGAGCUGUCUAUACUGAAGACCUGCCAAAGUGUCCACGAACUCCGCAGAGAGCUCCAUAAGGUGGCGGUGGGGCGGGCGGCGGACCUGUUGAAGCUGCAUGCAGAACACCUGCCUCUGCGGGCCUUGAAGGCCUCAGGGGGCGAGGGAAACCUGGAGGCCGUGGCAGAGUACGCCUGCACGCUCGGCGAGCAGAAGGAACAGCUGGUGGAGACGUGUCGUCUGCUGUGUCACGUCUCAGGGACAGAGCCUCUGGAGAUCACCUGUAUACAUGCUGAGGAGACCUUCCACGUCACUGGCCCUCAGAUCAUCUCUGCAGCCCAGACGCUGGCCCUGCACCCAUCCAGUAAGAUUGCCAAGGAGAACCUGGAUGUGUUCUGUGAGGCUUGGGAGUCCCAGCUCUGUGACAUGGGCGUGCUGCUCCGGGAGAUCAAUGACGUGUUCGAGGGCCGCCGAGGUGAUAAAAGAGCCUACUUGUCGCUUCCCAGACCAGGGAAACAUUCAGCCAACCUGAAGACGGUGAAAGCUGUUAAGCUAGAUACGGAGGAGCAGAGCACCAUAGCCAAGCUGGGUCUAGAGCUGCGUCUGCUGACCUCCGACGUGGACACGGAGGUGGAGAAGUGGGAGGACCAGGAGCAGGACAUCGUCCGCCAGGGCCAGAGCAUGUCCAGCAUGGCCUACUCCAUGUACCUAUUCACCAGGGGGGAGGGCCUACUGAAGACAACCAUGGAUCUCUUCCACCAGGCUGAGGUGCUUUCUGAGGAAGGACUCCAGCUGUGUUCUUCACUACACACUUUGUCCACCCUGCUGAUGGAUGAAGAGAAGGUGGUAGUGCUUUCUGAGAUGGAGAAGCUUAUGGGCUUAUGUCAGCAGCUGCAGAUGGGGGUGAGGACGCCGGUACAGGGCAAGACUGCCACCUUCCAGAAGGUGGAUUCAUCCAUUCAGAACACUAGAGCCAUCAUGACUGUGGUAACCUACCUCCUGCCAGUCUGUAAUAAACUUGUCAGAAAGUAUAAGUCAGAGAGAAGCAGUCUGGACUCUCCACAGAGCUGGAGGGACAGGCAGUUGUCCACGCCCGUCAAAGACGGCGCACUCAGCGGCAAGAACAGCAACGGCUUCGGGGUCAAGUCCCUGGAGAAGCAUAUGGCCAACCUCACCUUCCUGGAGAGCAAGUAGUCCAGUCUAGUGACCUUUGACCCCUAACCUGUAUCACCUAUCACAGAGCUGGAGCAUACCAUUGUCAACCAC